AGGCACGUCUGCUCUCUUCUCGUCUCGACACCCUACACGGCACGAACAACUGCAUCAUGGUCAAGACAUGCGUCACCAGCAGUGAGGCCGUCCCGCCUCUCCCCUUCUACUCCCAUGCGACUGUCUCUGGGAAGACGGUCUACGUCUCUGGCAGCAUCGGCUGCGACAAGGACUUCAAGCUUGCUGGUGGCCUCGAGGAACAGACACGCGCUGGGAUCGAGAACAUGCUCAAGAUCGUGCGAUCGGCUGGCGCGGACGUGCAGAACAUCCUCAAGGUAAACAUCUACCUCACAAACCUCAAGGAGGACUUUGCGCCCAUGAACAAGAUCUACGCAACGUACUUCAAGGAGAACGCCCCUGCGCGCACGUGCGUCGGUGUUGCAGUCCUGCCAUUGGGUGCAUCCUUCGAGAUUGAAUGCAUCUGCGAACUUCCGUGAAAGCCAGCACAGUGAGAUUCACCAUGGCCCAGGGUGACAGGUUAGCAGUCUAGCAAAACGUUCGAACGCGCUGUACAAUAUGAGUUCCAAAAUCGACAUGCUUAUUGUAUGAUUUGGCCCGCACGCGAGAGAACGAGUUGUCUAUUUCUGGGA